CUCAACAAAAACAAAACCCACAAUUCAAACAUCAAAGCUGCUGCCGACCUUCAAUACGCUGUGCAGAGAAGAUAUUUCUGAGCGUGAAUUGCAGGGGAAGAAUUGCUUUUAACAAUUCAUGGGGGCGAUUGAUUUUUGCCAGAAUCCAUCAAUCUGCAUUUCAAAGUUCAGGCCCAAUUCUCGAACUGAAACGCAUUGGAAGAGAAGGGUUUCGGUUGUGGCAUCUUCUUCUGUGCCUAUCAAGGAGAAGAGUCAGUCUGGAGAAGUUGCCCGCGGGGCAUCAUUCAUCCGCCCCCAUCUCCAGAAUCUCAAACCCUAUCAGCCCAUUUUACCCUUUGAGGUGUUAUCAGCUCGACUUGGCAGGAAGCCUGAAGACAUUGUAAAAUUAGAUGCCAAUGAAAACCCUUAUGGUCCACCGCCAGAUGUUUUAGAAGCUCUGGGAUCGGUAGAAUUUCCCUAUAUUUAUCCUGACCCUGAAAGUCGUAAGUUGCGAGCUGCACUUUCUGAGGACUCUGGACUUGAGUCUGAGUAUAUUCUUGCUGGGUGUGGUGCAGAUGAACUCAUUGAUUUGAUAAUGCGGUGUGUAUUGGAUCCUGGCGAUAAAAUUGUUGACUGCCCACCAACCUUUACUAUGUAUGAAUUUGAUGCAGCUGUUAAUGGUGCGCAUGUUAUCAAGGUACCUCGGCACACAGACUUUAGCCUGGAUGUGGAAAGGAUUGCUGAAGUUGUUGAGAAGGAAAAGCCUAAAUGCAUAUUUCUAACGUCUCCCAAUAACCCAGAUGGAAG